GGCUCGAUUGAAUGGCAAUGUCCAGCGAGGUUAUUUGUUUAUAGGUCGGCGAGGAUCUCAGCUACCCCCCACCAGCGACACCGGCGGAGCUAGUCGCGCAGGGCCUCGUGACUCUGCCAAUCACAUCAACCUACUGUCCUUCGGGACUCCUGUCUUCAUCGAUAACCCUAGUGGAAGAGGCGAGACACGAUACAUUGAAUCGUCGCGCUUUUGCUGCACUCUUUAAACACCGUUACUGCCGCACGAAGCGGCUCGAGCCGGUUCCCAGGCGCCUCAAAGAGGGCCACCCCGCAACCACCUCUCCAAACACGGCCAAACACAGCCGCAGGAGCAUACGAGAACAUCUAUGGCGAGCAGGCUGACGUGGCCACCCUCGCGACCGAUUGAAUUCCUCAUCUUGAUCAUCAAACGCCAUCGCCCGGAAGUAUUGGCACUUGCUGACUCCCUCCGGGAUAUCCACCCAGUGCUCAUACUGCUCCUUGUCCACCUCAGCAAACACUUCGGUCACCGAAUCGUCACUUUGACCUGUGACAACCCGCCAUUUCUGUGCGCGAGUGUCCCCGUUCCACGGAAAGUGCAACGUCAGAAUUGUCACUUUGUUGUCAGCAUCCAGGGGGCCGUGGGCGGCCAUGCCGGCAUCCCAGUCCAGGGGCCGUUGACUGCGCGAUCAGUACCACGAUAUGAGCUCUAGCCUCCACUCUUCAGGUCCCAAUCCAUCCUUAUCAGCUCUUUCCCAUCGCUCGUUGUUUCGAUGUAGAAGGGAUUGGAGAAGAGGUUGAAGAACUCGUCUCGGGUUAACCCCAGACAAUACACACCGUUACCGUUGGGCACUCGUCUGUAGCUGUGUGGUUAAGUAGAUGCAUGAAACGGGCGACGAAGUUCGUCUAAGCAUCAGUUCGUAUCAAGCAAAUGAGGCGAAACAAUACAUGCAGAAACAACGGACAGCGCUCGUUGACUGCGAAAAACAUGUCGCACACUGCAAACAAGCGCGAGACAUGCAACAUGACACGCACAUUCAGAACCCAAGUCCAGCCAGCCACCUUACAGCCCCGCAGCGGGACUGGUGUGGGGGCCUGUAUGGCCCGCGGCUGACGAAGUCCUCCGGAAACGCGCUGGCCCUCCGUGGCCCUCUAGCGGCCGCCGCGCGCUGCGCACGACUCGCCACUUGAAACGCGUUGUGCUUCAUCAGCUCGACGAACAGGAGCUGGCUCCAGUGGUUGACGAUGCUCUCUCGGAAAACUGUGUCCUCCAUGGGAAUGGAUGUGGGGCGAGGCUUUCGCUUGGCGAGCAUCUUGAGAAAAUCCAUGGUCUUGUCUCCCCAUCUGCCGAAUGUCUCCACAGCGAGGGGCACGAAGCGGAGGCCGGCCGCUUGGGUGAUUGGUCCAUACUUGUCGAUCUUGUCUUUCUCCGCAAGCUGAGCCGCCUUGCCACCUGGGAGCUGUGCACCACGCCGGUUGACUGUUCGGUGGAAGGGAAUGGGGGAGUUGUCAGGGCGGCAGGGGUGGGCGACGGUGACGUCGAGCAGGUAAUCACUGCCAUCGAUCACACAAUAGAUGUCCAUGCGCUGGUUGUUGGAGUUGUCAUCAGGCGGGGUGAUGCCGAGGCUGUGCAGAGACACCUCCACAUUGGAGGGAACAUCUGCUUCGGCCAGGAUGCGAACAAACAAGUUGCGCAUGUUGUUGUGUCUCGUGACUCGCUCACGGCCCGUGUGACACACGUAGAAGUGAUCGCCAAACUUGUCCACCUCCCCGCCGCAGAUGCAUCGCUGCGAGACGGUUGCGUGCGGGAGGGCAAUGCCGAGACACCCGGCGACGGCAUGGCAAUACUGGAAGUUGUUCAGUGUCUUGCUAUCGCUGGAAGGGAUUGCUGACAGCCAACCAGAGGAAAGAGGCCCUUGGCAGCUCAGAAGACGGCUGCCUUUGGCCCUCGCAUAGAUGCCUGUGUCGUAUGAAUGCACCAGACGUGCCUCCAUUGGAUGACCAUGGCUAUGGAAAUCCAAGUCAUACUCAACACCUCGUGAGCUAUGCUUCCCUGUGGCGUUUAUCGUCUCGAACCCGUUGUCAAACAUGCUGAUCCGGUAUUUGCCGUCUGGUUUGCCCAGGUCUCUCACCUACAUAUUAUGAAGCUACACGUGACCGCUACAGGAGUGUGGUCUCAUGUCGCUCACGUCAUGUUGCCCUGCGAAACGCCCUCUCGUAUCGUCCAUGAUCCUAAACGUCGAAGAAUUACACGACAAGGCCUGCACAUUUUGUGACCCAAAGUCCAGCUCACUUGAAGUUUCCGCCCUUUCCACCGAGGCGCCACAGAACCUCGCCCGUAUCUCUGCAUAUCGGCACGUACACGAGUCAGUGCUAUGGAUGGUUCUGAGCUAAAGCUGUCCGCACACCUUUCAAUUUUGACAAUUUGCGACAUUUUUUCAUU